AUGCGACUCCAUCGCUCAUCGACGACCGGCGCUUCCGUCGUCUCCUCUGCCCUACGGCUGGCCGGGCCCUUGCCCUCUUCGUCUUCGACCUCAUGGCAGCCUCGACCACGUAGCGUGCUUCCGGGCACACACCUGCGGACUGCGUCGCCGCGGCAGCGGCACGCCUCGACGGCGCAGCAGCAGUCGAGCACCUCUCUCGAGGAUGCCCCGACCAAGCAGAAGUCUGAAGCACAGCAGAGCGACGCCGGCGCAGCGCCGUACUCUGUGCGGGUGACCGACACUCGCUCCAAUCCUCCGCCACCAGAUCAGCCUCGCUCAGAUGCGGCCGUGGGCGAAGCCGGGACACCGCAGGCCUCUUCUUCGAGCGAGGCAGAGGCGCCAUCCCAACCGCAGCAGCAGCAGCAGCAGCAGCAGCAGCAGCAGCAGACCUUGGCUGGCUCGUCGCACGAGGAUCUGCUCAAGCAGCGCUUCUACCAUGCACAGUCACAGAACAAGAAGGCCUCGACAGUGGUCGCGGCGGGCGCGAUCAACGCCCUCAGCGGCGGGCGCAGCGACACCACCAUCCUGCCCCCAGAGGCAGAGACUGCCACUUCGCCCGAGACUGCGUGGACAGCAGCGGGGAGGCGCUCGCAACCCAAUAGCUCGUCGCAGUCCUCGCCUGGGCCCGCGUCCGAGCAGCGCGCGAGCUCGACCGACGCCACGACCGAGGCAGACGGAUCAGGGGCUGGUGGCAGCGACACCUCGACGGGGGCCACGACGGUCAAUGUCCAGUAUGAUCCGAGGCUUGAGCUCCACGCUCCUGCCCAGGCGCUCCGCAGCCUCGAGGUGCCCUUCGACACCCACGCCUUUGUCAAGCGACUAGAGGAGGGCGGCUGGACGGCCGAUGCCUUCCGAAAGGGAUCUGCACCACGGUCCGAGCCGUCCCGCGAGAGCCACGGCGAGGCCAGUGCGAUGUCGGUGGAUGAGAUCGACGGUCGAGUAGCGGAAGAGAUGGCCCUCCAGAUCUCGCGCCGGCACGAUCCGGCGCAGGCCAUUAUGGAGCAUGCCCGCUUCCUCAUCACGCGGCGGGGCAGUCAGACGGCGCAGGCCUGCCUUAACAAGGGUGACGUCGAGAACCAGGCGUACCUCUUCAGCGCCGCCCUGUCGGAGCUGCAGACCGAGGUCCAGGUGCGCGCUCGCAACGAUGCGGCCGCGCUGCGCAGCAUCACGACGCUGCUGCAGCGCGAGGUCGACGCGCUCGAGCAAAAGAUGAAGGAGGACGUCGAGCGCCUCAAGCACGACAUCCAGGUCGACAUGAACAACCGCAAGGCCGAGUCCAAGGACGAGCAGAACAUCGUCGAGCAGGAGAUCCAGGACCUCCACAACCGCUUCACCAUCAGCCUCUCGGACCUCAAGACCGAGAUCGAGCAGAACGUCAAGUGGGACGCCACGCGCCGCAGCCUCUUCCUCGUGUUUGGCAUCGCCGCCAUCGUGGCAGCCAACCUCGCCAUCGCCGACUACAUGACCCGCGACGACGACGCCGCCGCCGCCAACAAGGCGGCCAACAAGGAGGCCGCACACCUCGCCGGAGAGCCGCCGGCGUCGGCCAGCGUCGGAGCCCCCGCCUCGCUGGGCUGGGCGGCCGAGGGCCGCGUCCUCUCUGCGUGGCCCGUCCUGGCCCUGGGCGCCUCGGUGCGCUUCCGAGCCGCUCCCUCGAUGGCCCGGGCGGCCGCCGCUUCGGUCUGGUCAGCCGCACCCCGCGGCAUGGCGGGGGUCGGACUGCAUCGAAGCCUGGCUAGCCUGUCGGCGGGCCGCCGCCGGCAACGCGAGGCCAAGAGCCGCUCGCCUGUCCCUCGCCCAUCCUGGCAGUCGGCCAUCUCCACGGUGGGGUUGCGCAGCCUGCGGACCGCGGCGCCGCUCUCGCAGGCGGCGGUCCGCUCGUCGAAGGCGUCUUCGGAGCCGCUGACCAUCCCGGAAACCGAUAUCGCCAUCGAGCUCCACCCGACCAGCGUGGCCAUCCGCUCCGAGAGCCUAGGCCUGCCGCCGUUCCACUUUGACCACGUAUGGCUUCGCGACGCCUGUCAAUCCAAGGGCAGCGUGCACGCCAGCAACAAGCAGAAGCUCUUCCACACCAGCGACGUGCCGCUCGACGUGCCGCUGCUCGACGCCCAACACCCGCCCAUCCUCACCACGCGCGAGAUCCCUGGCGGCGGCGGCAGCAGCGAGCACGUGCUCCGCGUCACAUUCGCCAAGGAGCACGCCGUCUUCAACGCCUUCACCGCCCUCUUCCAGCAGCCCGCGGCGGCCGACGAGUCGCACGUCUCCGACUUCCCCGUCUCCUUCCUGCUGCAUCACGCCCUGCCGGACCUCUACGCCCAGACGCACAUGGACGUGAUGGCGGUGCCGCAGACGUGGGCGGGCAAGGACCUGACCGAGUUCUCGUCGCAGCCGUGGAGCGCCGAGGCCAAGGCGGACCCGGUCGAGGCGAGCAUCGCCCUCGCGCUCGGGGCCAUGGCACGGCCGGCACGGAUCCCCUACCACGCCAUCCGGCCGCCGGGCAACGCCGCCGAGGGCAUUGACGUGGCGGCGAUCGAAGAGGCGCGCGACGAGGCGCUGUACGCGCUCACUGAGGCGACGAUCCGCGACGGCUUCGCGUUCGUUACGGGCGUCCCGACGGUCAAGACGGGCACCGAGGCCGGGCCCGAGGCGGCGACGCUGCGCGAGCUGGCGUCGCUCAUGGGCGAGAUCCGCCACACGUUCUACGGCGAGCUGUGGGACGUCCAGUCGAAGCCGUCGUCGGACAACAUCGCCUACACCAACCUCGACCUCGGGCUCCACAUGGACCUGCUCUACUUCCAGAACCCGCCGCGCUUCCAGUUCCUCCACAUGCUGCGCAACCGCGUCACGGGCGGCGCCAGCAUCUUUGUCGACAGCUUCAAGGUGGCCGAGCGCAUGUGGCACGAGGACCGCGCGCUGUGGGAGAUCCUGACGCGCGUGCCCGUCGGCUUCCACUACGUCCACGGCGGGCGCCACUACCGCUUCACGCACCCCACCUUUGAGCUGGCCCACGACACCGAGGGUCACGCCGGCCCGCCGCUGCACGGCUCGACGAUGCCCCGGCUGAGCGCGGUCAACUACUCGCCGCCGUUCCAGUCGCCGCUGCCGCUCCACCCGACGCCGCAUCUCGCCACCGCCGAGGACCGCGAGCGCUUCUACGCGGCGCUCAAGCGCUUCGCCGAUCUGACGCUCGACCCCGAGUUCCGCUACCAGAAGCAGCUGCAGGAGGGCGAGUGCGUCGUCUUUGACAACCGCCGCGUCCUCCACUCGCGCACCGGCUUCGAGUGGAACGCCGACCAGGUGGGCGAGGUGACUCGCUGGCUCAAGGGAUGCUACGUCGACGGCGACGCCAUCUGGAGCAAGUACCGCGCCCUGCGCACCCGGCUCGGCGCGGGUGCGGGGGCGCGCGGAGUGCCCACGUCGGGCCGCACUGCCACCAACCCGACGGGCGCGUCGCGGCGCAUGUUUUCGACGUCGGCGAGGCGGCGCGGCGACGCUUCGCCGCCGGCGCUGCCCAUGGACGUGUCGAGGUUUGCGCCGGCCUCGGACGACCCGACGGUGGUCGACGCGCGGUCUCGCACCGCGAUCCAGCAGUCGUUGUCGUCGUCGUCGUCGUCGCCCCUGUCGAUGACAAGUUACCGGCCCGUGCCGCCGCUGUCGGCGGCGACGCUGCCCAAGAUCUACAAGCAGCUGUCCAAGUCGCGUCUGACGUUUCUCGUCGUGCUGACGGGCAUGGCGGGCUACGCGCUGUGUCCGCCCGCGCUGACGGUGGCGUCCGGCUCGCCCGUCGUGACGCUGCUGGCGCUGACGGCGGGCAUGGCCAUGUGCUCGGCGGCGGCCAACAGCCUCAACCAGCUGGUCGAGGCGCCCUACGACGCCCAGAUGGCGCGCACCCGGGCGCGACCCAUGCCGAGCCGCGCCGUGACGCCGCUGCACGCGUUUUCGUUUGCGUCGGCCUCGGCGGUCGGCGGCAUCGGCCUGCUGGGCGUCAUGGUUAACCCGCUGACGGCGGCCCUGGGCGCGCUCAACAUCGGCCUCUACUCGUUCACCUACACGCCCAUGAAGCGGAUGAGCAUCGCCAACACGUGGGUGGGCGCCGUCGUCGGAGCGCUGCCGCCGCUUAUGGGCUGGGCGGCGUGCACGGGCACGCUUCACCACGCGUCCGACCUGGGCGGCUGGGCGCUGGCGGCGCUGCUGUUUGCGUGGCAAUUUCCGCAUUUUAACUCGCUCGCCCAUACGCUGCGCGCCGAGUACGCCCGAGGUGGGUACCGCAUGAUGGCCGUGACGGAUCCGGCGCUCAACCGGCGCGUGUCGCUGCGGUACGCGCUGGCCAUGAUCCCCGUCUGCUCGGUGCUGCUGCCCUACAGCGGCAUCGUGCACCCGCUGGCGUACGCCGUGCUCAGCCUGCCGCCCAACGUCGCCAUGGCCCACGCCGCCUGGCGCUUCUGGAGCGAGGGCACGCAGAAGGCCGCAAAGUGGUGCUUCUGGGUCAGCCUCAUCCACCUGCCCGCCGUCAUGCUCCUCGCCAUGGGCUGCAAGCCCGAGCUCUGGGACGGCAUCCGGCAGCGCGUCGCGCGCUUCACCGGCGGUAGCCAGGGCGAGCAGAGCGUCGAUGCGUAG